AUGAGUUCCAAAAGUUCUUCCUUUCUCUGCUUGGCUCUUUUACUUGUAUUCUCUUCUGGUAUUCAUGCCUUUGACAUAACAAAUUUGUUGAGCAAAUAUCCAGAGUUCUCAACAUUGAAUAAAUACAUCACCGAAACCAAGCUUGCAGACCAAAUCAAUAGUCGCAACACCAUCACUCUCCUUGCUGUCGACAAUGGUGCUAUCUCUUCCAUUUCUAGCAAGUCCCCAGAAGUCAUAAAAGCCAUCAUUAGCACUAAUGUGAUCCUUGACUAUUUUGAUGAGAAGAAGCUCAUGGAAGCUCAAGGUGCCGGCCAACCAUUAACAACCCUCUUCCAAGCGUCAGGGCUUGCUGUGAACCAACAAGGCUUUAUCAAGGUUGCACUUAUUGGUGAGGGUGAGAUUGCCUUUGGUUCUGCCGUCAGUGGUGCUCCAAUUGAUGCUGAGCUUGUCCACACUGUCACCACUGAACCCUACAACAUCUCAAUUCUCAAGGUCACAAAACUCGUCAUUGCCCCUGGUGUUGAUUCUGUUGCUGCACAAGCCCCACAAGGAACUAGUGCCCCAGCAAAAAGUGCCAAGGCACCUGUGUCUUCAACACAGGAUACCAAAGCUCCCUCACCUGUGGCAUCGACACAGGAUGCUAAGGCACCUGUGGCAUCGACAAAGGAUGCUAAGGCACCUGUGGCAUCAACACAGGAUGCCAAGGCUCCUUCAAAGACAGCAACAUCGCCUUCACCUUCUGGUGAAAGUGAUGCUGAGUCUCCUGUUGCUGCUGAAGCCCCAGACAGCACAGCAACAAGCCCAACUGUGUCUGAGGCUCCUGCUCCAGGUCCCAUAGGUGAUGAAGCUCCUGCUGCAGAUUCUUCUCCUAGCGCCUCUUCAACCAUUAAGAUGGGUUUGGGUGGGACAGUGAUGGCCUUCGCUUCCCUCAUGAUUGUUUUGUAA